CACUCUAAAAUAUCCUCAUUUGUGUUCUGCAGAAGAAACAAAGUCAUACAGGUUUGGAAUGACAUGAGGGAAUAAAUGAAAUGUUAUGAAUAAAAAUACAUUUUAUUUUGGGAUGAACUAUCCCUUUAAAGGUGCAGUAAUUACUUUCUGAGAAUAUGGACUCAAACACUCCUUAUCCCCCCUAAUGUUGACUGGUUACAAGUGUUGUUGUGUUGUGUGGAUAGGUUCAUCCACUUUGUUUUUCUUCAUUUACACACCCAGGACUAGUCUUUCAGCACAAUGAAUGUCAAUGGAUAUCUUGCAAACCUUCACAAAAUUGUUUAGGUGUCAGUUUCGCAGAAAUCGCUUGUCUAAUAUCUAAUUUUUUUAAGUAUUAUUUAAUGCGGUGGUUCCCAAUCUUGUCUUCUGAGGUCUCCUACAGCACAUUUUGCACAUCUCCCUUAUCUAACACACCCAAUUCAGGUCUUUCAGUCUCUUUUAAUGAGCUAAUGACCCGGAUCAAGUGUGUCAUAUGAGGGAGAUUAAACGUGAAGUUAUAGGAUCCUCCAGGGCAGGUUUGGCGACAGCUGAUAUAAUGUAUUCAUGAGUAAAAUAAAUAUACAAUGUCCUAGGAGUCAUUUUUUUUUAGAAAAAAGGUUUACAGAUUAAAUCUGGACCUGUUAAUAACACUUUCAUGCACGGUUGCCAUUGAAGAAAAAACAUCAGUAUUUUUACAUGCAUGAAAACCUUAUUAAUCUGAAUGUCCUUGUCUUAAUGUAAAUGUAAUGUAAUAGUUCCUUUGAUGUAGGUCUGGAGCAUCAAAAGCACAGCCUGGAAUCACAACAUGAACAUGUUUGCACAGCUUGAUUUGAUUCCCUGCACUGAAUAAUUGUAAAUCUGAAUAACAGAAAACAAUGGGUUUGUUGGGGUAAGUAGUUGUACUAAAUGUUUUUAAAUUGAUACGCAUUACAUUUAGGAGAUGCUUUUAUUCAAAGCGACUUGCAACGAAAUUAGGACACAAAAAGCAAUCUGUGGUAAGGAGGCAAUAAUACAAUAAGUGCUAAAAUGGACAGUAUUCCCACAGGAAAUACAAGUUAUAUUAGGGAGUUUCAAAUGUAGGUUUUUUUGGGGCUGGAAAACAAUUCUAUGAUCACUAGAUUUUUCCUGACAUGAUUAUAUUUAAGUAUAGAUUUUAAUAAAAGGGGUUUGUUUCUUCAAAUGUAACUUAUAAGAGAGUGAUGAGUUGCUAUUACAAGAAAGUUGAAAUAACUUUAGUUAAAGGAACAUAAAUGUGAUUUAUUGAUCACAUUUUUUCCCAAUGAAGUCAAUCGGAACUGUAUGGACCGUAUAUUAGAGCCAAGAAGUCGACUGUAAAGCAUCUUAUUGAAUAAAAGGAUUCAUUCUGAUAAAAUGUGCACAUGUCUCUGAUUUCAAACACUCGUUUCUCAUCCAGUUCAUCGCAUCUCAUGGUUUUUGGUUACACAUGGUGUUCGUGAUCUGAGAUUUCACAACAAAGGUAUCCGAUGAAAUACUGUUGCUGGGUUAUACAUUUACAUUUAGACAUUUGGCAGACGCUUUGCGACUUACAGUGCACUUAUUACAGGGACAAUCCCCCUGGAGCAACAUGGAGUAAAGUGUCUUGCUCAAGGACACACUGGUGGUGUCUGCUGGGAUCGAACCAGCAACCUUUGAUUUACCAGUUCAGUGGUUUAACCCACUAGACCACCAUCUCUUCAUAUGAAGUACUUUUAAUUUAGGUAUACAAAGGUGUUUUACUAUCAUACCAACACACACACACACACACAUAGGUAUGAAGGAUUUGUAUAUUUUUAGAUGUCUGUUUAUUUAAUUUCCAAGAUGUUUCUAUGUAUGGUUGUGUUUGUUAUUUCAUUCAGAGAACAUGCUGUACAUUUUGCAACUACAAAAAAUGCUAUGAUUGAAAAACUCAAUUGGUUAACCAUAAAUAACCACAUUACAUAUACAAAAAGUAAUAGUUUUAACAAGACCUCUCAAACGUGGUAGAAAAAAAGGAAUAAAUGUGAAAAUUCUUAAAAUUCCUGGCAGUGUGACUUCAAAUUUAGUGACAUAUAAUUAAAAUGGUAAAUUUUUUAUGAACUUUGAUUUAUCACCACCUGUUUUUAGUGAUUAACGUAAUAAGUAGAUUUAUAAUCAUAGUUAUCUGAUACUGUACACUGGGGACAAAUGUAUAAUGUUCAGAUUUUGCUGUUUUGAAAUUACUACAAUCAUUUAGUAAUUUAAUUUGCUAAAUGGUUUCAACCGAUUACAUUGUCUUUGUUUAAACAUGACCUUUUCUUUGGAUUUCUUUCCAUAAACAAAGAAAUUGUCAAACACAGACAUUUGGCAUUACAUUGAAAGUUGUAGCUUUUAACCCCAUUGACCUUCUGUAAUAUCUGCUCAACCAUAAGGUAUGUGAGAAGACAGCCACAUCUAUGGUAAGCAAGAGGUGAAAUGUCUGGACAGACUGCUAUGUAAUGGAUCUGCAAAAGUGAAAUUGCUGCAGAUUAAAUGCCUAAAUGUAUAGGAGCAUUUUGCCCAUUUGUAUUACAAAUUAUAAUGUCACUUAAGACACAAAUAUCCAAUAUUAUGUACAAGUACACUUUCACAUGAUGUCACUCAUGCACGGUUUUGAAUGUACUGUUUUACUGAAGUAUUACAUAACUACAUUUUCUUAUGCACUGUUUUGUAUUAUCAUACUGAAGUAAUAAUAUACAUUGACUAUGGAAUGACUACUCUUUCAAUAUGAUAUGAAAUUACACACAAAUGCACUUUUUAGUAUUUAAGAGCACAUUAUGAGCAGAUUUGAAAUCCAGCGUUGUCUGAGGCCUACUGAAGAUCAUUUUCAGUGUUUCUGAUUUACCACAAGAAAAAAAAUGAAAAUAACAUUGAGGAUGAAAUCAUAUUCUUAAUUUACCCGGAGAAAAAUUAUUAUUGCUAGAGCAGGGCGCCGAAAGACGGGCCAGAAGUAAUAUCAUUUUGAAAAUAGUGAAAACAUAUUUUGUUUACCACUGGUUUGUGAUUUGAGAGUGUUUAAAAAUAUAUAUUAAACAAGACGGUUUGCCACAAUUAACAAUGAACUAAAGAGUCUAGUAACAUUGCAGCAGAAAAGGGGGAUUGGCUAAAUAAAAAAGAAGAUAACCCUAAACUCCUGAUUGGUCUAGUAGAACCUACACCCAUUGAAAGUAAUAGUGCAAUUGAUGAUUUUUGUAUGCUGUAUUGUCAGACAAUCUUCAGAGUUUCUCACUACUUUGUUGGCUACAGCAAUAAAGUAAACAUAUAAAAAGCAAUAAAACUCCUUGACACCUUGAAACUUUGUUUGCGAGAUUCUUUUCUGUAUUGAAGACUUAUGCUAAUGUACACCUCCUCACAUGAUAAAUUAAAUGCAAAUUUAAAAAAAUGCAACAUUUCAUACAUUUUACCAACACCGAACACCCUCGGUAUUAACAUAUGAUGUCUGCACUGUUAGGCCCGGUUUCACAGACAGACUAGGCCAAAUAUACAUUUUAGCAGAUUUAAUAAAAAUGACUCAGUAAAAACAUUACUUGUGGGCAUCUUGAGACAAAGCAAUGGCACUGAUAUAUUUUAAGAUUAGUCAGUGAAAGUUAUUUUCAGUUAAAACAACUCGAAUUUGCAUUUCAAUCUAGGAUUAGUGUCCUUGAAACCAGUCACUAAUCUAGGCUUCAGUAUUAUUUCAUCUUUGUUCUUUAUCCCUAACUCAAUUUCUUAGUUUUACAGCAGUUAACACACUUAAUUGUAUCUUUUCAUUUUUCAUAAAUUCUCAAUUGCUGUUGAUUUCAGUACUUAAAUGAACGUUAUUAAUUGAUCAGACCCUUUUAGCCAAGGCGACUUACAAGUAAGUGAGAGUGGAUUUUAAAAAUGUUGCAAACGUUUUUAUUUAUUUCAUUUAUUUAUAAUAAUAAUUCUUUUUUCUACAUUUUUUAUUACAUUUCUCGUCAAACUGUUUUGACCUGAUGCUGUGUCGAUGCGUUUGAUUGGGCUGAAUCCGUCUGACGUCACAUCCUCCGAGUGUCGACCAAUGGCGACGCUGAAAGCUAACAUAGCAAAGAGUUGUGUGUUUUGAGAUUGAGUUGUGAAUGCGGUGUAUUGCAUUUAAGAUUAUUUUUGCGAUUGUUUUUGCUUGCACAUUUUUCGUUGCAGGAAAGUGUUGCGGUCGGAUAUAAAAGAUUUACUGCCUAUAGAGAGCGAGUGCUUUAGCUUCGUUAUGUAUCGCGGUGGUAGGCCGCACAGAGACGGCUAUCAUCCUCCGCCGUCUCGUGGUUUCGAUCCCCAUCCUGGGCCCGACCGCGGAUAUCACGGACCACCCGAUCCCUACCGGCGUCCUUCUCCGAUGAGGAGAUAUUCAUCGCCCGGUGCGAGAGAUGCGCCUCAUGACUAUAGAGGAGGAGGGCGAUCUACGAGAGAGCAAGGGAGGUACAGCCCAUCGCCACCUCGUGGUGGACUCCCUGUUGACCACAGCCUGGUCAUAACCGUAGGAAAUGAGCUGACCGGGCAUCCACCGGGCCAUACGGGUAGAGAAGCUCCCUAUGUUCGAGAUUACGGGGCUGGAGAUCCGCACUACAACAAGCCCUAUUAUUCCCCACGGAGGUCCAGCUAUGACGGCCAAAGCGAUAGGGGCUCGAGACGACGCAGUGUUAGUCGUGGCAGGAGCAGGGGGCGGAGCCGCAGUCCAGGUUAUCCACGGAGCAAAAGUCGGCCACGGAGCAAAAGUCGGCCACGGAGCAAAAGUCGGCCACGGAGCAAAAGUCGCAGCUAUAGUCGCGGCAGGAGUCCUGAACGGGCGAAGACUCGAGGGCGUAGCAAGAGCAGACCUCGUGGGAGGAGCUACAGUAAAAGUCCAAGCAGAAGUGGAAGCCGCAGUCGCAGACAGAGUAGAGCUAGGAGCAGGGGGUGGAGCAGAGGCAGGAGCCACAGUGUCAGUCGCAGUGCUAGCAGCGGCAGUAGUAGCAGCAACGGCAGCAAUCGCUCCACUAGAAGUCGCCACAGCUACUCCAACAAGAGAACCAGGCCGGGUGUAGAAAAAGAGGACUUCAGUGAGCUGAAGAAGGCUCGGCGACGUAAGGAAAUUCAGGAUACGCUAGUAAAGCCUGCAAAGUCGAUUUUGAAAAAAAGGGUGGAUUCCUCGGAGAUAGAUUCUCCCAUGGUUGCACAGAAUAGUGAUUCUCCUCGUGGAACCCCAGAGGGUGGUCUUUCACACGAGGCCGAACAAAUUCUCAGCGCGCUGACCAAAACAAUAGAUCCAGACUUGAUAGCCUCCAUGCUUGGAAAAAGUUCAGACAGCGGUGCUCUUGAACAGCUUCUUGGCAAAAUCCAGUCAGCCAAAGAAAUUGGAAGCAACUUGCUCCCUCCUGAGAAAGGAAAACAGGAGCUAAGAAAGUUCCUCGGAAUGAUGGGAGAGGUGGUGUGCCAACCACAAAAUGUAAACAAAAAUCUUACUGAAAUUGAAGAUGAAGAAAAAUUUCUCUACGGUGAUGAAGAAGUGGAUGAGGACAACCAGAUGAUACGCGCCGAUUCCAGCUUCCCGAACAUGGGAUUCCCACAGUCUCAGGAUGUACACACAGGAAAAUGUGAGGCUUUUGGCCGUGCCGAAAAAGAAGAUGUUAGAGAGAACAGGCAGGCUGACAGGCGUCAUUCUUCAGCCACACCUGAGGUCGAGGAACAACUUGACUUCCCUCCUGGUGUUGGGCCUCAGGAUGACAAGGUGAGAAAUGAAGUGGAGGAGUAUGAGAAGAUACAGGAUUUACUAAAGACAAUCGGUCUGGACUUGGGGGUGGCUGAGAUCAGCAAGAUGGCGGUAAGGACACAGGAGCGUCUCCACGGCAAAGGCGCGAUGCAGAAGACCCCCACCCGCCGGCAGUCUGAUAGAAGGCACAACAGCCGCAGCAGGAGUUACAGCAGCAGCAGCACUGGCAGUAGAAGCUCCAGCAGGAGCCGCAGUAGAAGCUAUGACCGCAGCUCAAGUCGCAAUUGGAAGAAGCCAGUUUCACCAGAGCAGAGAUCUUCACGGUCACAAAGCCAGAGCAAGAAUGAGAGUCGACCCAGCGUUACACAAAGCACAUGGCCGCCUACACCCCCUGUGGGUCCCGUGACGCAGCCGUUUCCUCCACGACCCCCCGGCCUCCCGCCACACCCGAUGCCUCCGUACCCUCCACCAGGCCCACAUGGGGUAAUGCCAUCUGAAUACCCUCCACACGGUUACGAUCCGUAUGGCAAUUACAUUCCGUACAUGCCUCCAGGAUGGCCAAUGUAUCCACCUCCAGGUAUGCCUGUUCCCCCUCAUGGUCCCAUUGAUCCCUAUGGCCAUCCACAAUUAGAGAGGCCAUUUCUUAAAGUGAUUGAAACGGGAGCGAGUGAGGGAAUAGGUGCCGAUAAAAAAGUACCUUCCAAAUUGGAUACUGUUGCCAGUGGGAGUCAGAGGAAAGCUUUAGAAGCCAAGAAUACUGCCAGCCAAAAACAAAAGGUCAUUGAAGAACUUGACAAGCUAAAUGAGGAAAACUUAAUACGAAAGCAGAAAAAAGAAAACCUACUGAAGGAAGUGGAGACAUUGAGAAAGCAGCAAGGAGAGCUGCUUAGGAAGAAGCGGAGAGAGAAGGACGGACACAAGGAUCCUGUUCUUAUAGACCUCAGUCGGCUUCAGGAAGAUACGAUGGUCCAAAUCUCAAAACUACGAGCUGAACAGAGAGAGUCAGAUAAAAAACAUGAGGAGCUGGUCAAAGUAGCGCUUAUCCUUGGUAUAGACUACAAAGAGUCCAAGAAUUCUGGGGAUCACAUGCAGCCGACCUCUCGGAGUAGAAAGGAGUCAACCAGAAGCCCAGAGAAACCAGUGGCCAGCACAUCGCAUAAUAAGGUUGUCGCAUCAAAAUCAGGAGCGUCUCCUGAAAAAGUCAAGUCGUCACCUCCAUCGAAAAGCCGUUCCCUGGACACCGCUGCUGAACAAUUCGAAUACUACGACGCAGGAAACCACUGGUGUAAAAACUGCAAUCUCACCAGUGGUUCAUUGUUUGACUUUUUCACGCAUUUACACAACAAAAUACACAGAAAGACUCUAGAUCCCUAUGACAGACCUUGGGCAAAAUCGGAGAGUGACAAGAAACAACGAGCAGGAGAGAAGACAUCAAAGCCAGCCAAGGGUUCUGAGUUUUUGAUCCCUGUAAGGGGGUUCUUCUGCCAGCUAUGUGAAGAGUUCUUCGGCGAUCCCAUUUGCGCUGAAGCCCAUGUUACCACUCAUAUGCACAAUGAGAAAUACAAGGCAAAAAUGUACGAGAAUCCCCUCUAUGAACAAAGGAGAAAUCUGGAUCGUCAGGCUGGAAUGGAAAGCCAAAAAAAUUCGGAGCACAAACGAAAAUGUGGUGAUGAUGAUGAUCCAGAAAAUGUGAAGAAACCUAAACACUCCAAAAAGGGUGGAAAAAAAGUUGUAGAAGAGGAGGGAAAAUCACAUAACAGCAAGGAUGAGGAUUACAAGAGUUUAAAAGAGAAUGAGAACAAACUCAAAGAGGAGCGAUUGAAAUACAGAAAAGAUGAUGUGUAUAAACAGAAAAACAUGGAUGAUGAUGAAAGAAUUAAAAUAAAAAACGAAGAGGAAGAGAGAACAAAAUAUAAAAAAGAGGAAGACGAAAGACACCGAUUUAAGAAAGAAGAUGAAUACAAAUACAAGUACAGGAAGGAGGAAGUGGAAAGAUCUAGGUACGAAGAGGACAGAUACAAAAAAAAGGGGGAUGAAUGGUAUAGAUAUAGGGAAGAGGACGACAGAAAUCACUUUAGAAAGGAUGACGAUAGAGACCGAUACAGUAAAGAAGAGCAGAAGCCAAGGUACGGCAGAGAAGAAGAUAUGAAGUACAAAUACUCUCGGGAGUCAAAAUACAAAGAUGAAGAGUGGGUGAAGUGGCCAAAAUCGAAAUGGGAGGAAGGGGAGGAAAGUAAUGGAAAGUACGGAAAGAAGGACCUGAAGGGCAAAGCUGGGUUUUGCAAAGAUGACAAGGAAAGCACUGGAAAGCCCAAUGCUAAAGACACAAAAGCUGAGCCAGAGAAACCCAGUGAGCCCCCCAAAGUCUUAUGUGGGCCAAGUCCGGCCUUGCUGGCUAAACUUCGCAAGAAGAACGAGGAAGGUGCUGCUCGGUCCGGCUUUGGAAAGUUCAGUUUGAAAAAGCUGCAGAAGACCGCACUGGAGAAGGAGGCUGAGAGAAUAGCCGCACAAUUCAUAAAAGAAGAAGAAGAAAGUGCGUCGACUGUAGAUGAUGACGACAGAGACCCGUUUACCAAAUCUGUUGCAGCGGCAAAGUCCAUUGCAAUCAAAUUGUCAGGAAAGUCUGUGCUCCCACCCUCCAAUGAAUGGCUAGCUUUCAACGAAAAUAAAAGUAGUCCUAACUUGCCUACUCCGGCUACUCCUUUGGUUAUUAGAAAGUCCUUCACUGGUGUGCAGAAUAAACCAAUGCUGCUUAAUAAACCACCUACUGCUAACGAAUCUUCUGUACCUGUAAUAGUAAGACAGACUCUAAAAACAGCUUUGUCAGCAGACCUCAUCUUCAAGGCAUUUAGUGGUGAAGAGGUGGAAUUAAAACAACAAAAAGGCCCCUCUUCUGAACCUGUAGAUAUGUUCAAGGUUUCUGCUCCACUUUCAUCAUCCAAUGCAGCAUCACAACCUGUAAAAACCACCCAGAUAAUAGCAGUUUCCAAUGAAUGUGUUGUUACACUCGAGUCUGAUGUGGCUGCGCCUGGAGUGCCCGAAGAGGAGCAGAAGCUCACUGUAGUGCUUCGUCCUCCUCCUCAACUUUCUUCCAAUGCUAAAGACCCUUCCCCCAAAACUUUAAAGCCUAAGACUCUUGCAGCAGGAAAAGCAAAAGAUUUGUUUGACAUUUUCUAUAGUGGCAGCACCACUAUGAAAAGUUCUGGUAGUGCUAAUCUUAGCGGCAAACAAGAAUCUGGCUUUAGACCUCUCCGCAAUGACUCGAGCAGUAAGAAGGCCCCUGUAAGUAAUGAAACCUGCACCAAAGGAAAAAAAUAUGGCAGUGCUUAUCUGGUCCAAGAACCCUGCAAGAACCAGAACUUGGAAGUUGCAAAGUGUCAAGAAACUCCCAAAAAGCAAGAACAAGAAGUUGCAAAGAGUGAAGAAGCUCCUAAGAACGAUGACUCAAAAGUUCAACAAGCAUCUAAGGAUGCUAACUUGGACAUCUCUGAGGGGGAUGAAGUACUGAUGGAAGUACAUAGUGGGGAUAUUCUCCAAACAAAUAAUGACCUAAAGGAAAGCCCUGUGGAAUCUGAGGGAAACACUUUGGAAUCGCAGGAAAUCCCUCUGGAAUCUGAGGAAAACCCUACUGCAUCGCAAGUCAUCCCUCUGGAAUCUGAGGAAAGCCUUUAUAAAUCGCAGGAAGUACCUCAGGGAUCCGAGGGAAACACUCUUGAAUUGCAAGCAAUCCAAAUGGAAUCUGAGGAAAGCCCUUUUGAAUUGCAAGCAAUCCCUAUGGAAUCUGAGGAAAGCCCUCUUGUAACACAGGGGAUCCCUCUAGAUUCUGAGGCAAACCCUCUGGAGUCUGAGGAAAGCCCUUUUAAAUCGCAGGAAGUCCCUAUGGAAUCUGAGAAAAGCCCUCUUGAAUUGCAGGCAAUCCCUCUGGAAUCUGAAGGGAGCCCUCUUGUAACACAAGGUAUCCCUCUAGAUUCUGAGGGAAACCCUCUGGAAUCUGAGGAAGCGAUGUCUUUCUCCCCCCUUCCGGGUUCUUUUACUGAGCAACUGAACUUGGACACGUUUGAAUUCAGUUUUGAGACUUUGUAAAGGACCUCCCACGAGUAGGUUUAGUGAUGUACAUGUUUCAUCUGAAAGUAAAUAACAGUGAAUUUAUUCUUUUCUUUUGCUUAAAUCUGGUUAGAUUGUUUCAUGUCUAUUCUUAACCUUUUGGCAGGUAAUGCUAGUGAAGGGUGGACUGAAAAGCAUUCAUUCUGAAGUGGGUGCUGGGAAGAGAGUGAAAACUUUCAUCAAGUAAUGAAUCUUAAUACCUGUUAAAGUGUCCCUAUAUUCUUGUCAAAUGCACCUUGUGUUGAGCUUUUUGUUCCUUAAUCUGUUUCCAGCAGAAAUCAUUCCUUUUCAUACAAAGGUAAUGUAAAUAAAUAUGAGUGUGCAUCAGAUAUUUUAGACUGUAAAAAAAUGUUUAUUCUGUUUGUUCCAUUUAAAUGAAUGAAGAUAUUUUAAUACAGGAGCCACAAAGAUCCAGGCUUAAAGAAGAGAAAUGCUGUGGAGUUCUGCUUCAAGGACACAUGCAUAUGCUUUCACAACUCUAACCAGAAAAUGUCAAGCUUGGCCUGUAUAAUUCUUACUGUAGUGUGUCGACAUGUUUUCUUUGCCCUUUGUCUUUUUUAAAAAUUGAAAUCUUUUGUUGUUGGGACUGUUCAUGUUACCCUGCUAGUUUAGUAUCUACAGUACAAAUACAUUAUGUAAUUGCACAAGUUUUACUGUAGCUCAAAUAAAUCAACAACCUAUUGUG